AAAAAAUAUUGUAUGCUGGCCAUACCGUGUGACGUCUCGUAAGGCUUUGAGGUACGGGGCUCGGUGCUGCGUUAUACGUCAAAUGGCCCUCAUCUGCAGCAAAUCUACGAUCUCCGCUUCGGUGGCAAGCGGUAGAUCUUUCCAGACAAUUGUGCCUUUGUCGGCAGGCGCACGGUCUCUCCUGUUCGGGCUGGCCAGCUGGACGCGUCCACCAGCCCGGACAAAGCACCAGGUCGCCCGCGCCACGGGUCCAUCCCCCGCGGUCCCCCCACAAUACGUUGUGGGAGGCGAUGGCGACCCCGAGAUGGCGACCUUUCAGAACCACCAGCAGUCCGCCCCGCGGCCCUCAGCUGCGGCGGAGGCGCGGACGGUGCUGGAUCAGGGAAAGCACGGUGUGCUGUGCACGCUGAGCAGUGCAGCCGACACGGCCGGCUUUCCAGCGUCCUCCGUGGUGGAAUUCGCCUGCGACGGCACGGGGCGGCCCUUCUUCGCCACCUCCUCUCUGUCCGCCCACACAGCGGAUAUGCUGAAGGACGGUCGAGUCAGCCUCACCGUUAAGUCGCCCAGUUUCCAGGGCAUGGACUGCGGGCGGCUAACACUCCAGGGAACCGUGGCGCCGGUCCUGGAGGCGGAUAAGCGGCGGCUGCGGGAGGUCUACCUCAAAAAGUACCCCUCGGCCUUCUAUGUCGACUUCCCUGAUUUCCAGUGGUUCCGAAUGGACAAGAUUGCUGCGGUCCGCUUCAAUGGCGGCUUUGGCCGAGCACCGCGGGACAGUAAGGCCAUGAUCAAGCACUACGUGGGCCUGAGCGUGGACACGGUGUGCAUGAUAGACCUGGACCGGCUGGGGAUCAACUGCUCCGGCCAGACGUUCAAGCUGCGUCUGCCAUUCCCUCAGCCAGUGGAGGAUCGGAAGGCCAUUAAGGAUGCGAUUGUCGAGAUGACUAAGAAGGCGCGGAGCACGGCGGCGACAAAUGCGCGCACACCGGGCGGCACGCUGUAACGGUGUGCAGUGAACUAGCAGUGCACGAAAGCUUGCUCCGUUUACCAGUUUGCGGAGGUGUACCAGUUACCGGUGUGUGUGUGUGCAAUAAGUGGGGAAAUAUUUUUAAAUCGCGCGCGUGGAAUUCGGUGAACUGCGGAAGGAGCUUUAAGCCACAGGCGUGGUUGGGUUAAUAAAAAUGUUAGGAAGCUGUCGUGUAGUGCUAACAGCGUAUGGGAUGGCCGUAGCACAUACAGCAUGAAAAACACGAGACAAGAUAACCGUGAAAUAUCGACUGACGGCAGUGAUAAUGGUAUUUUGCCAUGUAAGAAUAUCUGAAUG